GUCUCCUGGGCCAGAGCGGCCUCGCCUUCGCCUGCCGGGCUCUGGAUUUGCUGCACCUUGCAUUAGUACCCACAGAACUUGGCAGAGGACCAAGGGGCUCCUUCCAAUCUCUUGGAGACCUCCAGAGAGCCCAGAUGGAUGAGCAAGACUCAGCUGGCCCUGAAGCAGGAAGAGGCCAUGCCAUAGAAACUGAGAGCAAUGGGGGAUUCCAUGAAGACGCCGUGCAGAAGAUCCUGGAUGAGGAGGACACCCCUUGCUCAGAGGUGCAGAGCCAGCAGCUCAGGCAGUUCUGCUACCAGGAGGCCAAAGGACCCCGAGAGGUUUGCAGCCAAUUCUACCACCUUUGCCGUCUAUGGCUGAAGCCAGAAAGGCACACGAAAUCUCAGAUGUUGGACCUGGUGAUCUUGGAGCAGUUCCUGGCUGUCCUUCCUCUGGAGGUGGAGAGCUGGGUGAGGGAAUGCGGAGCGGAGACCACUUCCCAGGCAGUGGCCCUGGCCGAAGGUUUCCUCCUGAGUCAGGCAGAGGAGAGGAAGGAGGCAGAGCAGCAGAGGAAGGAUCUUUUGGCAGAAAUGGGUCUUGAUUCUUCUGAGGCAGAGAAGACUCCGCUGGACGCCAGAGUGAGGCCUCUGGGAGACGGAAUGAUGCCACCAAGACCUGCUCCUUCAUCUUUUCAUGGUGGUGGAGGGGAGGCAGCAGCUGUGGACCCAGAUCAGGGUCCAGUGUGCUUUGAAGAUGUGGCUGUCCAUUUCACAGACGAGGAGUGGGCGUUGCUGGAUCCUGACCAGAGAGCUCUCCAUAAGGAAGUCAUGGAGGAGAGUCGUGGGAUCUUGGACUCUCUCGUUUCAGGUGGUGAUGAAUUGGAAAUGAAGAACAAGGGAGACUACAACGAAAUCCACACAGUGGAGGAGCCAUAUGAGGAUUCAGACUGUGGAGAGAGCUUCACUCAGAGCUCCCAUUCCACUUCCCAUCACAUAAUUCAUACAGGGGAGAAACCAUAUCACUACUUCAGUCACAGCCACGAUCUCACUUCCCAUCGUAGAAUUCAUACAGGGGAACAACCGUAUCAGUGCAUGGAAUGUGGAAAGAGCUUCAGUCGGAGUGCCCAUCUCACUUACCAUCAAAGGAUUCAUACAGGGGAGAAACCCUUUCAGUGUGUGGAAUGUGGAAAGAGCUUCAUUCGGAGUGCCGAUCUCACUUCCCAUCAAAGGAUUCAUACAGGGGAGAAACCCUAUCAGUGCGUGGAAUGUGGAAAGAGCUUCAGUCAGAGCUCCCAUCUCACUUCCCAUCAAAGGAUUCAUACAGGGGAGAAACCAUAUCACUGCUUGGAGUGUGGAAAGAGCUUCAGUCACAGGCACGAUCUCACUUCCCAUCAUAGAAUUCAUACAGGGGAAAAACCAUAUCAGUGCCUGGAAUGUGGAAAGAGCUUCAAUCGGAGUGCCCAUCUCACUUUCCAUCGAAGGAUUCAUACAGGGGAGAAACCCUAUCAGUGCGUGGAAUGUGGAAAGAGCUUCAGUCAGAGCUCCCAUCUCACUUCCCACCAAAGGAUUCAUACAGGGGAGAAACCCUAUCAGUGCGUGGAAUGUGGAAAGAGCUUCAGUCAAAGCUACAAUCUCACUUGCCAUCGUAAAAUUCAUACAGGGGAGAAACCAUAUCACUGCUUCAGUAACAGCCAUGAUCUCACUUCCCAUCGUAGAAUUCAUACAGGGGAGAAACCCUAUCAGUGCGUGGAAUGUGGAAAGAGCUUCAGUCGGAGUGCCCAUCUCACUUCCCAUCAAAGGAUUCAUACAGGGGAGAAACCCUAUCAGUGCCUGGAAUGUGGAAAGAGCUUCAAUCAGAGGUCCCAUCUCACUUCCCAUCAAAGGAUUCAUACAGGGGAGAAACCCUGUCAGUGCCUGGAAUGUGGAAAGAGCUUCAGGACGAGGUCCGAACUCACUUCCCAUCAAAGGAUUCAUACAGGGGAGAAACCCUAUCAGUGCGUGGAAUGUGGAAAGAGCUUCAGGAAGAGCUCUGAUCUCACUUCCCAUCGUAGAAUUCAUACGGGGGAGAAACCAUAUCACUGCUUGGAGUGUGGAAAGAGCUUCAGUCACAGCCACGAUCUCACUUCCCAUCGUAGAAUUCAUACAGAGGGAAAACCCUAUCAGUGCGUAGAAUGUAGAAAGAGCUUCAAUCGGAGGGACCAUCUCACUUCCCAUCAAAGGAUUCAUACAGGGGAGAAACCCUAUCAGUGCAUUGAAUGUGGAAAGAGCUUCAUUCAGAGGGCCCAUCUCACUUCCCAUCAAAGGAUUCAUACAGGGGAGAAACCCUAUCAGUGCGUGGAAUGUGGAAAGACCUUCAGUCAGGGCUCCCAUCUCACUUCCCAUCAAAGGAUUCAUAAAGGGGAGAACCCUAUCAGUGCGUGGAAUGUGGAAAGAGCUUCACCUGGAAAAUAAGCUUCACAUCCCAUCAAAGUAUUCAUUCAGGGGAAAACCCCUAUCAGUGUCUGGAAUGUGGAAAGAGCUUCAGUAAGAGCUCCCAUCUCACUUCCCAUCAAAGGAUUCAUACAGGCGAGAAACCAUAUCACUGCUUCAGUCACAGCCAUGAUCUCACUUCCCAUCGUAGAAUUCAUACAGGGGAAAAACCCUAUCAGUGCCUGGAAUGUGGAAAGAGCUUCAGUCA